AUGGAAGCAUCUAACGAUAAGUAUCUCACUAUAGAUUUUCACUUCAACGGCAUGUUUGCACCAAACCCGUUAGUGUACUUAGACCCUAUGAGAAUGUCAGUUCGUGAUGUGGAUUUUGGUGGCAUGGAAUAUAGAGAAUUUGUGUUGUGGGUUUCAAAGCUGACAAGACGAAGCUGUGAGAACUUGUACUAUUGUAGUACUCAUGAAAGAUUGGCAGAGGGUAUCAGAAGAAUCGACAAUGAUGCUGACUAUUUUGAGUUUAUUGAAGAUGGUUACAUGGAUAAGCAGGAGCUAAGGAUGAAUGUGUACAUUGACCACGAAAACGAACCCAUUCUUGACUGGGCCAAUAAGGAGUUGUUAACAGGUGAUGAGUUGUCUGAUGUAAUAGAAGAUGAUGAUACAGAGUCACAAAUUUCAGAUAUAGUGGAAUGUGAGCAUGAACCUGAUGAAGAGGUGCAUAUAUUUGACAAAACAGAUGAUGAUGAUGAAUUCUUGAACAAGUUGUGUGGUAAACCCAUUCUCAAUAGUAAUCAAGAAGAAGUAAAUGAUGCUGAUGAUGAUGAAGAUAGGGAUAAAGAUGAUGAGGUUGUGUUCCCUGUCUUUGAUGAGAAGCAAGAAUGGGAUAAAAUGGUCCCAGUUUUAGGUAUGAAGUUUGCCAACCCUCUUGAAUUGAAGCUUUGUCUAACCAACUAUGCUGUCAAGAAUGGGUAUGACUUAUGGUUUGAAAAAAAUGAUCAUCAAAAGUUGUUGGCAAAAUAUUGUAAAUAUAAGAAGAACAAGAAGAGUAAGAGUUGUCCCUUUAGGUUGUGGGCAACCUGGAUGAAGAAUGAGAGGUCUUUUCAGAUUAAGUCAUUAAUUGAUAGGCAUAAUUGUGCAAGAGUUUUCAAAUUUGGGUCCAUUGUAAGCUACAAAUGGAUUGGAACUCAUUUCAUGAAUGAUAUAAUACAGAAACCAAAGAUGAGCAUUAGGAAAUUGAAAGCUAAGCAUUAUGCUAAGACAUGGAGUUAUGGAGAAGAGCUAAAAAGGACAAAUCCUGGAUCAAUAGUUAAGAUGGAGGUGGAUGUGAUGCCUGAUGGAGAAACAUACUUCUCAAAGUUUUAUGUGUGUUUAAAGGGUUUGAAGGAUGGAUGGAUAGAGGCUUGUAGGAGGGUAAUUGGAGUAGAUGGUUGUUUCUUAAAGGGCAUAUGCAGAGGUCAGUUGCUUGUAGCCAUUGGGAGGGAUGCAAACAACCACAUAUAUCCUGUUGCAUGGGCUAUGGUUGCAGUAGAAAAUAAAGAAUCAUGGAAGUGGUUUCUUGAUCUUCUAAUUGAUGACAUUGGAAUGGGAGUUGGGCAUGGACUAACCAUAAUAUCAGACCAACACAAAGUUGAUAGGAGUUGUGAUGCAUAUGAAAAUGGUGUUUCUGAAAGUUUUAACUCUGUGAUUGAAGCUGCUAGGAAGAAACCACUUAUUACCAUGUUAGAAGAAAUCCGGAUUUAUGUGAUGGAAAGGUUGUGUAUAUACAAGGCCAAGGGUCAAUCUUGGGAUUUAAGCAUAUGUCCUUCUAUAAGGUUGAAGUUGAAUAAGCACAAGGAAACACAAAGGUUUUGGCAAGUGGUACCUUUUGGGUAUAUGCAAUUUGAGGUGAGGGUGGGGACUGAAGGGUAUGCUGUAGACCUGAAUACUAGGCAAUGUGGAUGCAGGGCAUGUCAGUUAGCAAGGUAUCCCUGUGUGCAUGGAUAUGCUGCCAUUUCAAGCCUUAAUAGGGACCCUGAGGAGUAUGUGUCAGAAUGGUUUACUACAUCAAUGUAUGCAAGUUGUUAUAGGUAUAACAUUAGGCCACUAAACUGUAGUGCUAUGUGGCCUGAAGUGGAUUACACCAAACCAUUGCCCCCUAAAAAAAGAAGACUACCUGGAAGACCAACACUGAAAAGGAAAAGGGAUCAGGUUGAGAGAGAAUCUAAGGGAACAAGGCAUACAGUCUCAAAAAAGGGAAUGAUAAUGAGAUGUACCAUUUGUAGGGAAAGAGGACAUAACAGAUCAACAUGUCCUCAAAGACCAAAUGAUGUACCAUCUACUUUAGGUUCUAACAAAAAGAAACCUAAGAAACAAGGUAAAGUAGACCUUGAAGCUGAAUUGGAAGUGGAACAUGUUGUCAUGUUUGAAAGUGAAAGUGAUAGUGACUUUGAAAGUGAAAGUGAUGUGGAAGCUAAUGUUCCUGAAGUUGAUGUUCUUGAACCUGAUGUGGAAGUUGAAGUUGAUGUUCCUGAAGUUUAUGUGGUACCUGAAGUUCAAGUUGAUGUUCCUUUAGUCCAAGAUAACCUUGUAGGGGAGAUUCAAGAUGACAUUCAAGUUGAUGCUAACAUAGAAGAUGAGAUUCAAGCUAACAUUUAAGUGGAACAUGAAAUUGAAGUUCAAGAUAAUGUGGAACAUGAAAUUCAACACAAUGCAGAAAAUCCAGUUAGGAAGAGGACAAGAAAAACUUCAGAAAGACUUACAAAGAUUCAGUUAAGGAAGAACAUAAGGAGGAAGGAAGGAAGCAAUACUGACCAC